UCGCGGGCGGAUGGAGGCCCCUCCUCGCCCCGCCUGAUCGGGAGGGGCGGGCGCAGCGCAGCGCGGGGCCCGCCUCCCGCCCAGGAGCCUCGGGAGGAGCGGCGGGCGCCGGGCAGGUCCCCGCCGGAGCCCCAGCAUGGUUGACUAUAUUGUGGAGUAUGACUAUGAUGCCAUACAUGAUGAUGAAUUAACUAUUCGGGUUGGGGAGAUCAUCAGGAAUGUGAAAAAGCUCCAGGAGGAAGGAUGGCUGGAAGGAGAACUAAAUGGGAGAAGAGGAAUGUUCCCUGAUAAUUUUGUGAAGGAAAUUAAACGAGAAACUGAACCCAAGGAUGACAAUUUGCCCAUCAAACGGGAAAGGCAUGGAAAUGUAGCAAGUCUUGUACAGCGGAUGAGCACUUACGGACUUCCAGCAGGGGGAAUUCAGCCACAUCCACAAACCAAAAGCAUUAAGAAGAAAUUGAAGAAACGUCAGUGUAAAGUUCUUUUUGACUACAUUCCACAGAAUGAGGAUGAACUGGAGCUGAAAGUAGGAGAUAUUAUUGAUAUUAAUGAUGAGGUAGAAGAAGGCUGGUGGAGUGGAACCCUGAACAACAAGUUGGGUCUGUUUCCCUCUAACUUUGUGAGAGAGUUGGAAGUCACAGACGAGGGGGAAGCUCAUGAAGUCCAGGAGGACCCAGACUUGGCUUUGCCUGGGUCUGCCUCCCCGUCAGCCGCGUCGGGAAGUGGGAGCGACACUGCGUCGGCACCGGUUACACAGCCCAAAAAAAUUCGAGGUAUUGGAUUUGGUGAUAUUUUUAAAGAAGGCUCAGUGAAACUUAGAACAAGAACAUCCACCGGUGAACCUGAAGAGAGAAAAACAGAAAAGACGCCUUUAAUCAUACAGCCACAAGGACCCAAAACUCAAAGUGUGGAAAUAACAAAAACAGACACCGAAGGUAAAAUUAAAGCUAAAGAAUAUUGUAGAACAUUAUUUGCCUAUGAAGGUACUAAUGAAGAUGAACUUACUUUUAAAGAGGGCGAAAUAAUCCAUUUGAUCAGUAAGGAGACUGGAGAACCUGGCUGGUGGAAGGGAGAACUCAAUGGUAAAGAAGGAGUAUUCCCAGACAAUUUCGCUGUUCAAAUAACUGAGCUGGAUAAAGACUUUCCAAAACCAAAGAAACCACCACCUCCUACUAAGGGUCCAGCUCCAAAGCCUGACCUGAUGUUUGCUGCAGAGAAGAAGUUUUCUCCCCUAAAGCUUGAAGAAAAAGAUGAAAAAUCACUUCUGGAUCAGAAACCUAUUAAACCAACUGCUCCACAGGUCCCACCCAAAAAGCCAACUCCACCUACCAAAGCCAAUAAUUUAUUGAAAUCUCCUGCAGCAGUGUACCCAAAGCGGCCCGAAAAACCGGUUCCUCCACCACCUCCCACAGCCAAAAUUAACGGAGAAGUUUCUAUUUCAUCAAAAUUUGAAACUGAGCCAGUAUCAAAACCAAAGCUGGAUUCUGAACAGUUGCCACUUAGACCCAAAUCAGUAGACUUUGAUUCAUUAAUAGCACGGAGCUCUAGAGAAACAGAUGUUGUAAAUUUUGAUGACAUACCUUCCUCAGAAAACUUGCUGCAUCUCACUGCAAACAGACCGAAGAUGCCAGGGAGAAGGCUGCCUGGCCGCUUCAAUGGCGGUCAUUCGCCAACUCAAAGCCCAGAAAAAACCUUGAAGUUGCCAAAAGAAGAAGAUAGUGCCAACUUUAAACCAUCUGAGUUUAAAAAGGACACAAGCUAUUCCACAAAGCCAUCUCCAGCACUUUCAAGUGCAUCUAAGGCAACUACAACUGCCUUAGAAAUCAAAGCAAAACUAGAAGCAGAUGAUGGGAAUCAGAAUUCCUUGGAUGAACUUAGAGCCCAGAUUAUUGAAUUGCUGUGUCUUGUGGAGACACUGAAAAGGGAUCAUGGGAAAGAACUGGAAAAACUACGAAAAGAGUUAGAAGAAGAGAAGACAAUGAGGAGUAAUCUGGAGGUGGAAAUAGAAAAGCUGAAAAAGGCUGUCCUGUCUUCGUGAGGCAGCAGGGACCCAGAGUUCUUCGUGCUCCAGGAGCCAGAAACAGCCCAGAGCAUCUCUCCUGACCUCUUAGUUGUGGUGAAGAAACACAAGUGUAUGAACUAUAGUAUCUCUUGAAAAAUUAGGGAGACGGUGAAAGGUUUUCUUUUUAUAUAUAUAUAUAUAUAUUUUGUUUUGCCAAUAUAUAAAAAAAAAAGAGGCCUUAUUUCUUACUGCGCUGGGAUUGCAAACAUUUUGUUGUCGUUUGCCUGAAAAUACUACUGAAUCUGUAUAAAAAGGAAAGUUAACAAUAGUUUUUUAAAUUGAAAUUGUAGUAUUAUUUUUAAAGAGAUCUAUACUAUAAAUAUGGUGGUAUCUUUACAAGUAACCUGUAAGAUAAACGAUUUGAGAGGGACAAGUUAGCUUUGUAGUUUCCACAGUCACUACUUCCCCGAGUGUAAAAGACAAAUAAGCUUUGUGUAUGUACAUAUAUACAUAUAUAUAAAUAUAUAAAUAUAUUUUUACUUUUAGCUUCUUACCCAGGAUUACACUGUUGUGCCUGUUUGUCUGCAGUGCUGUUUAUAUUUUGGGUGAUGAAAUAAGAGUUUCCUAGAUAGAAACCAGAUUGCUCACCCAUGCAUUUAGUAAUAAAUAAUAAAAAU